AUGAUGAUUAAAAUAUGUAUAUUUCUGAAUUUGCUUGCUUUAAUAUGGGCUGAACCACGAUUGGUCGAACCUCCUUUGCGUGUCGAUCUCCAACCUCCCGAAGACUUUCAGUUUAGAUCAAGUAGAAGCAAUGUCAGGACAUCCUGGAUUACAAUGCCCGUGGAUCAUUUCGAUCCACAAAACAAGGAUACGUACCAAAUGCGAUUCAUGUUUAAUGAUGAAUUCCACGGAGGAGACGGUUAUCCCAUUUUCAUUAUGGUAGGUGGCGAAUGGGACAUAUCGCCUGGUUUCUUGCAAGGUGGAAAUAUGUAUCUGAAUGCUCAAGAGAAUAGAGGAUAUCUGAUAUACACUGAACACAGAUAUUACGGGCAGAGUCGACCCUACCAGAAUUUCACCACAGAGAAUCUUCGAUUCUUAAAUGUAGAUCAGGCAUUAGCAGAUCUCGCUUAUUUUAUAAAGACAAUAAAGGAAAGCCCAAGGUUUGCUAACAGCAAGGUGAUAUUAUACGGCGGAUCCUACGCCGCAAACAUGGUGUUGUGGUUUAAGCAACGGUACCCACAUUUGACUCUUGGGGUUGUUGCUUCAAGUGGUCCUAUUCUAGGAAAAGUGGAUUUUACUGGGUAUCUGGAGGUGGUUCACGAAGCAUUUACAUCAGAAGGCGGAGAAGAAUGCAUGUCCAUUAUAAGGGAAGGCAUACAGCAGACUGUCGCCGCCCUGAACACAGAAUCCGGACGACAGGAUGUUCAAAGGCUCUUUAGGCUCUGCUCGCCACUAGCGACAGAUAACGAAUUUGAACUGGGCUACUUCUCGGGACUGAUAAGUUGGACCUUCUCGGGGUCAGUGCAGACUUCACGGCCCGGCACGAUUACUGCCAUUUGUCGCAACUUCCUCACCGAUGUUUAUGGUACAACUCCUAUGGAAAAAAUCGCUGGUUAUAUAGUGGCUACUCAGAAUGCUGCUAAUUCUUGCUUCCAAACAUACGAGGGAUACGUUCAAAGGUUAAGCACUGUAGACAAUAAUUCUCGGGCAUGGUAUUACCAAACUUGCACCGAAUACGGGUACUACCAGACCGCGCCGCGCAUAGGGACCGUUUUCGAUCCCCUCGUGUGGCUCUCUGUCCCGUUCUAUGUCGACAUUUGCAAACGGGCCUUUGAUCAAAGAUUCGACGAAGUCUUCGUGUACAACGCGGUGGACCGCGUGAACCGCGUGUUCGGUGGCUUGCGGCCGGACGUCAACAACACCAUCAACAUCCACGGCACGGCGGACCCGUGGCACGCGCUGGGCGUGCACGAGGACAUCAACGACAGUUCUCCUACCUACAUGGUGCCUCGAGCGCCUCAUUGUUUCGAUUUGAGCAAUUGGCGACCAACGGACACAAUUAGAAUGACAAACGCGCAACAAGCGGCUAGAAGACUCGUCACUCAGUGGCUUUCGGAAAACAUUUAGAUGUUUUAAUAAUACAAAACAUUUCUGGUUUA